AUGGGGCAAAUAACAGUCGAGCCGUCUGCCAAGAGCAACAGCCCACGCACCUCCCAGAAUCUGCUAACCUCACGGAGAAGAACCAAUUUUCAUGGCGCCAUCGGUGCGCUCCGUCGUCAGAGCUCGCUUGCUCCUGCCGUCCAACCCCUCCGCGAGUUACGCCGAGUACACCUGCCGCGUUGCAUUCCAGGCCCACUCGCGUCGCGAUGGUGUGUGAGACGCGUACAUUGCAUCUGGACGUCAGGUGUAUCACUGUCAGAUGCCAAUAGGCCAGGAGAAUCUGUUGCAACAGAGCAAGGCGCAGGUGCUUCUGCUGCACCCUGUCGAGGACGUCACUCCAACGCCCGUCCCUUCUCUCCUCCUCACAGCGGCCGUUCAGAGCCUUGCAUCCGCCGCCCUCGGAGAUACCGGAGAGCGAGCAUCCGCCACGCUCCUUUCCUCCGUGACUCACUCGGUCGAACCAUCGUUUCCACCUUCUCCUCCUCAUCUGUGACUCCCGACUCCCUCUGCCACCUCGCCCCUUCCCCCUGCUGCAUCACUGAGCCGGGCCCGUGCUGCACUGCCAUCUCCGUCACAGGGCCCUCCACCUUUCGGGUGGCCAGAAACUACACCCAGAAUGUGAAGGACGUUCGGAAAACAACUUUGAUUUGGGGUGUGACUGAUUCCUGA